ACUUGUGCUGUGGUGGGUAAUUCUGGUAAUUUAAGGAGAUCGCAUUAUGGACCGCUGAUAGAUUUACAUGAAGUUGUCAUAAGAAUGAACACUGGUAUUACCAGAGGCUUUGAAAAAGACGUUGGAAACAAGACAACUCAUCGUGUCAUGUAUCCAGAGAGUGCUGUGGAUUUGGAUGACAACACCCAUUUUGUACUGUUUCCCUUUAAGAUACAGGACUUUGAGUGGCUCAUUAAUGCCUCUACAACAGGAUUUACUGGAAGGUCAUAUAUGCCAGUGAAAUCAAAGAUCAAAACUAACAAGGAUUUGGUCAUGGUGGUAAAUCCAGCUUUUAUGAAAUAUGUACAUGAGGUUUGGCUUGGAAAUAAGGGACGUUAUCCAUCCACUGGCUUUAUGGCUUUGAUUCUUGCACUUCACAUUUGUGAUGAGGUUAAUGUGUUUGGUUAUGGCGCUGACAGUGAUGGAAACUGGAGUCACUACUGGGAAAUACUCACAAACAAAAGGUUAAGAACUGGAGUACAUCCUGGAAAUUAUGAGUAUAACAUCAUCCAGCAACUAGCUCAGCAACAGAAAAUUAAGUUCUAUGAAGGCCUAAUGAAAAAAAUGUGAUUGAAUGCCAUACACUCAGUAAGGGAAGAACUGAAAGCCAAAUGGAUGUGUAUCUUGUUUGCUUGAGAGUUAUAUGUGUUGUUGUAAAAUGUAAGAGCUAUAUCUUAGAAGUGUGUUUUAUUGCUGGUAAAGAGUAGCAUCAUAAGUAAAUGAUUAUGAUGGUAAUGUUUAGUCUUCUCAAUUGAAUGGAAUAGGCCAUAGGAGAACAUUGUAU